AUGCCCUGUCCUAUAAUCGCGCCGUUGAUAUUUAUCUCGGCCUUUAAUUCAACUUUCUAUUCAUUCAUUUUUCUAUUCCAACUGCCAACGCUGUUGGAGUUGAGUUGUUUGAUAGUUUCAUCUGACGUUUCAGCAGCCGCCCCGCCAACGGGAUUCCCCAUCUUCGACUUCAAACCCCCGCAGCCCCUCGGAAAACAUCAUAAGACCGCCGAGGAAACCAUAAGCCCAUAUAGCUGUAAUCAGGCUUUGUCGCCCAACUGUACAUAA